AGAAACGUCAGUUUAGUCAAUUACGUUUGUUAAUAUUGCACAAUGUAACAAAUUAAAAAAAACUUUAUUAACUCUUCAAUAGUUUUAUUGUACAUAAUUCCAUUUUAACUUAUUCUAGCAUCAAGUCAUUAGAAAAAUGGUUGUCGUGGACACGUUGACACCCCAAAAUGGCCCCAUUCGAAACUUCUUUACGGACUUUCACGGCCUUCAACGUCUUAACGUGGCGCCCCCAGAACCAGAAUUUGCUGGAAAGCAAAAAUUGGAACGAUUAUAUAGAUAUUUCAAGUAUGAGGAGCCCGACCCUGGAUUAAGCUGUAUUAUUCACAUGGAACAAAUCAAAAAAGUGUUUCGAACCUAUCUUAAAGACUUAGUUAGUGAGCGACUAUUAGACAACGUUGUCAACAUGUGUUUGUUACAAGUUUUAAAAGACUACAAUGCGAACAUUCGACACGCUAAAGGCGUUUUAAAAAAGUUGCCACAAAAGCAGCUCGAGAGAGUCAAAACUGACUUAGAUUAUGUCAACGACAACCUCCCACCUGACUUUUUUAAAAAGAAACCAGAUCCUAGUCAGUAUGUGAAGUCUGAUAUCCAGAAACCGGAAGAGAAAGCCUUAGAUUUAAUUUUUUACAUUCCAAUGACCGAAGAUGACCCUUGUGUGGAAGAAGAGGUUGAGGAGAUGUCCCUCGCCACGGCGGCUUCCACUGGGGCCCCCUACUCCAUCAAAAAGCGCUAUGACUACUUUAAAACCAAAAUGGCGGAGUUUCCGUUCGAGGAGUUCAAAGAAAUCGUUUUGACUGGUUUAACAUCGCCAAAAUCGGACGAAGAGUUGAUUAAUUAUUUUCUGGACACGUUCGGGUUUGAAGUUUUCGAGUUUUUGAACGAGAUUAUCCAGCACCGGAACUCGCAGAUUGAUUGGACUGAUGGAGAGAAGGAGAAGCCAGUGGUUCGAAGGGUUGAACCGAAAAGUAGUAAUAAUCGGUACGCUCCGGCGUUGGCAAGUCAGGUAAUUGUUCAAAGCGAAGAAGAAAAGAAUUUGGCGAAGACUUUGCGGAAGUUGGAGAAGAAACAGAAGGGGGUUCAGCAGGAGUUGCUGACUGACAUUGAAGAUGAUUUAAGUUAUAUUAAACACCAGCCAAUAUUUAGGAAAGGAGCAGAUAAAGUUGAUUAUUACCCCCAUGUGCAUGACCAGCUGAGGAAUGUCUCCAUCACAACAAAAUUUAAUGGUGUAACGUUGAAACAACCAGAAAACACCAUUAAAAAAGAGGCUUCUACGCAUGUCGAGUUUACGUUACCGGGUGGCACAAGACCGAAAAAUGAUGACAUAGAUUUGGUUAAAGUUAGUAGUUUGGAUUCAACAGGACUACUAGUUUUCAAAGAUAUUAAAGAGUUUAAUCGAAUACAGUCUGAAGUGUUCCCAGUGGCGUAUAAUACAAACGAAAACAUGUUAAUUUGUGCCCCCACUGGUGCCGGGAAGACGAAUAUAGCGUUGUUGGCUAUUGUACAUCAGAUUAAGGUGCAUAUGGAUGGAGGGUUGAUCCGGAAGGACGAUUUUAAGAUCGUGUAUGUGUGUCCCAUGAAAGCAUUGGCAACAGAAAUGGUAGCUAAUUUUAGUAAAAAAUUGGCCCCCAUUGGUAUUGUGGUGAAGGAAUUGACUGGUGAUAUGCAGCUGACGAAGAAGGAAAUAGCUGAGACCCAAAUGCUGGUGACUACGCCAGAAAAAUGGGAUGUGAUUUCACGUAAAGGAGCAGUGGACACCGAGGUCACGAGCCUCGUCAAACUCCUCAUCCUCGACGAGGUCCACCUCCUCAACUCCGACCGCGGCCCCGUGAUCGAAGCCCUCGUCGCGCGCACCCUGCGCCAGGUCCUCAGCAGCCAGAGCAUCAUCCGCAUAGUGGCCCUCUCGGCCACGCUGCCCGGCUACCUCGACGUGGCCAACUUCCUCAAGGUCAGCCCCUACACCGGGCUGUUCUUCUUCGACAACCGCUUCCGCUCGGUCCCGCUCACGCAGACCUUCAUCGGCGUCAAGAACAAGAACGACCAGGACGCGAUGGACCUCAUCUGCUACAACAAACUCAUACCGAUCAUCAAGGAGGGCCAGCAGGUGAUGGUGUUCGUGACGUCGCGCAACCUGACGGCGACCGUCGCCAAGAACCUGUUGGCUCACGCGAAGAACAACAAGCACCUGGCGUUGUUCACACCAGAGAAGAAGGCGGCCAUCAGGAGCAGCGUCAAGAGUAGCGAGCUGGAGCUGCUGAUUCCGAACGGGUUCGGGUGCCAUCACGCGGGGAUGUGCAGGAGCGACAGGCUGGAGGUGGAGAGUCUGUUCCGGCAGGGGGUGCUCAAGGUCAUCGUGUGCACGACGACGCUGGCCUGGGGGGUGAAUUUGCCCGCGCAUGCGGUGAUCAUAAGGGGGACGACGAGGUAUGACGCUCAAAAAUCGUCAUUCGUCGAUAUGGAUAUGUUAGAUAUCAUGCAGAUUUUUGGAAGGGCUGGACGACCUCAGUAUGACACGUCAGGUCAUGGCAUGAUCAUUACCAGUAUGCCCAAUAUGACGAAUUAUAUGACUUUGUUGACGUCGCAAGCGCCCAUUGAAAGCCAAUUUUUGAAUAACGUUCCCGAUCAUUUGAACGCCGAGGUGGUUCUGGGAACGGUGUCUAAUUUAAAGGAGGCGAUGGAGUGGCUCACGAACACUUUCGUGUAUUGCCGGAUUAAGAAGAACCCUCUGGUUUAUGGGUUGACGUUUACGGAGAUUUGGGAACCAGAGAAGCUCUUCCAGUACCUCGAACGCAAACUGUAUGACGCCGCCGUGACCCUAGAAACCGCCCAAAUGAUCCGUUUUAACACGACCUUGGGCGAGCUUCGCCCCACUAACUACGGCAGAAUCGCCAGCUUCUACUAUAUCUCUCAUCAAACUAUGAAGUACUUCCACGACCACUUCGAACGUUCCAUGAUGGAAGCCGACGUUCUCAACCUCGUCAGCAACGCGUCGGAAUUCCAGCACAUCCAGGUCCGUAACGACGAACUCGACGAAUUGGACCGCCUUCACGAAGACUACAGCCAGUUCGAGUUCAACACUGACCCCAGCUCUGUAGUUUUCAAAGUACUAACUUUGAUCCAAGCCAACGUAUCACGUGCCAAAAUUCGAGUAUCUUCGUUAGUUUCCGACUGCGAAUUUAUAAUGCAGAGCGUCACUAGACUAGCGAGGGCACUUUUCGAGAUCGCUGUGGAUAAAAACUACAGUGUGCAGGUGUAUAGGUGUCUACAGGUGUCCCAAAUGGUCGAACAACAAGCGUGGGCUGAACGACACCCGCUUCUACAGUUCAAAGAACUCGAGGUUAAGGGCUACAAAGCCCUUGACGUGCUUCAGAAUAUACCGAUUGAAGAACUCCAAGAUAUGUCAGAGCGCGAAGUCCUCGAUUUAAUCAGAAGCCGCCAUCUUGCCAACCGUGUCCACCAUUUUUGUAAGGCGUUUCCGCGGGUUAACCUUGACGUUACGGUUAAACCAAUCACUGAAGGUGUUAUUCGGAUUCAGGUACUGAUUAACGCUAACUUCAGCUGGGACACUAGUAUUCACGGUAACGUGCAACACUACUACGCUUGGGUGGAAGAUCCGGCGCAUGAUAGUAUCUACCAUUUUGAGUCUUUCGUGGUCACUAAGAAACUCGUAGUCGCUAAAGAACCGGUGGAGUUAAUUUUCACUGUUCCGUUACAAAAACCACACUCUAUGGAGUAUUUCGUGACGGUUGCCAACAGUAAAUACAUGCAUGCGGAGAGUUCGUACAGGAUCGAUCUGGAGAAGAUCAAUAUGUUGCCGAGUUAUACCAUCCAGACGAAGUUUUUGAGUGUGAGGCCGUUGCCGAAGACGGCUUUGCAUAAUGAGGAGUUCGAGAAGUUGUAUGGUUUUACGCAUUUUAAUGCGGUGCAGAGUCAGGUGUUUCAUUGUUGUUAUAACAGCGAUUCGAAUGUGUUGUUGGGGGCGCCGACGGGGUCGGGGAAGACGAUCGUGUCGGAGAUUUGUAUGCUGAGGUUGUUUACGCGUCGACCAGACAGGAAGAUCGUCUACAUAGCUCCCAUGAAAGCCCUAGUCCGCGAACGCGUCUCCGACUGGACCGCCAAGUUCACCAAAAUCAACAAAAAAGUAGUCGAAGUGACCGGCGACAUCACCCCAAGAUCAUCCCUGAUCGCAUCCGCCGACAUCAUCAUCACAACCCCCGAGAAAUGGGACGGAAUGAGCAGAAACUGGCUCCAGAAAGACUUCGUCAAGCAAGUCGGCCUCAUCAUAAUCGACGAAAUCCACCUCCUCGCCGAAGAAAGAGGACCCGUCCUCGAGGUCAUCGUAUCGCGAAUGAACUACAUCAACAGCGUCAAGAACGCCAAAGUCAGGAUCGUCGGUCUGUCGACGGCCAUGGCCAACGCGGGAGACUUGGCCAACUGGUUAGGUAUUGAACGAAAAGGUCUCUUCAACUUCAGUUCUUCAGUCCGCCCCGUGCCCCUCGAAAUCCACUUGAAGGGCUUCUCGGCUAAAAAUUACUGCCCUAGAAUGGCCACAAUGAACCGACCUGCAUACCAAGCAAUCUGUCAGUACGCCCCCGAUAGUCCCACUCUGAUCUUCGUCUCAUCCCGCAAACAAACCCGCAUCACCUCGUACGACUUGAUCAAGUGUCUCCUCAGUGACACCAACCCGAAGCAGUGGCUCCAUUGCCCCCAGGAGGAAAUCGAAAACAUCCGCUCCACUGUAACCGACUCCGACUUAAGCUACUUACUUCUUUUCGGCAUAGGCAUCCACCACGCCGGCCUGCAAGAGCACGACCGAAAAGUGGUGGAAGAGCUCUUCGUCAACCAGAAAAUCCAGGUCCUCGUAGCCACGGCCACGCUGGCGUGGGGUGUGAACUUCCCGGCUCACCUCGUCAUAGUCAAAGGCACCGAGUACUAUGACGGCGCCACCAAGCGCUACGUGGACAUGCCCGUCACCGACGUUCUUCAAAUGAUGGGGCGCGCUGGUCGCCCCCAGUUCGACACCAGUGGCGUGGCGUGCGUGUUCGUGCAAGAAAGCAAGAAGAACUUCUACAGGAAGUUCCUGUUCGAGCCCUUCCCCGUCGAGUCCAGUCUGCUGCAGGUGCUGCCCGAGCACGUGAACGCGGAGAUCGCCAACGGCACGGUCACUUGUCGCUCGCAGCUGGUGGAUCUUAUUUGUUCGACGUUCUUCUUCAGGCGGUUGUUGGUUAAUCCGACGUACUACAAGAUGAACGACGUGGAGAACGCGAAUGUGUACUUGCAGGAGUUGUCGGAGUCGGUGUCGGUGACGCUGCAGGAUGCUCAGUGUAUCGCGAUUAGGAAUGAGGAGGUUCAAGAUUUUUAUGAGAGUACGUUUUUGGGACAGUUGGCGGCGCAGUAUUAUUUGUCGUGUAAGACUAUGUUGUAUUUGCACGAGAAUUUGAUGGAGGAUAGUUCGCUGGACGAUUUGGUUUUGAAUAUGUGUCAGGUGGAGGAGUAUGCGCUGUUUCCGGUGAGGCAUAAUGAGGAUAAGAUUAAUAGACAUUUAGUAAUGGACAUGAACAUAAAAACCCGACUACCUUUCGACUCUCCACAUUUAAAAGUCCUCCUCCUCAUCAAAUGCUACCUCUCCGACAAGAAACUCCCCAACCAAGAAUACGUAGUCGACCUGAAAACCGUCUUCGAUCAAAUCAUUCGUAUCAUCCAAGCCAUGAUCAGCCUGACAUCGUACAAAAGUUGGCAAGACUGCACCAUCAAACUCAUCUACUUAUGUCAAAUGCUAAUCCAAGGAGUGAUGAUCGAAACCGGAAGCGCCAUGAUGCUUCCCCACAUGACCCAAGAAUCCUGCAACAGCCUACUACGAAAAAUGAUCACCCACAAACUCGUACCAGAGUCAUGCCAAGAAGUGUCAAUCCCACUCCUGAAAGUCGCCAUGAGGACCAACAAGAAAGCUCUAAUAGGGAUAAUCGAGGAGCAGUUCGAUAAACAAAGAUCCGGAGACGUCCUCAAAGCGAUAUCCAGGAUACCCAUCCUGGAAGUGCGCUUCAAAAUUAGGGAUGCGAGCGACAACAAGGAGCUCGAUUACAGGAUUGACCGCAGCGAAGGCGUGGUUUGUGUGGAGGUCAAGCCCGAGACGAAGUGCAUUUUCGAGUUCGACGUCUUCCGAGACGGCACCAGCAAUCUUAACGUGUGCAGCAAGAAGUUCAGCAAACAGAAGGAGGAGUCGUGGUUUUUCUUGAUGAGUUCUGAAGAUGUCUUGUUAAGGAUGCAGAGAUUCGUUGUCAAGAGGAACAAAAAUGUGGAUGUGCAGGUUGACGUUCCUGCGGAGAGAGGUGUGUACCGGUAUUCUGGCUACUUCCUGUGUGAUUCAUAUAUUGGGUUGGACCAGAAGAUCACUUUUAGAGUAAAGGUGGUGGAGUGAAGGCUGUGGUAGUGUAAGAGAAAUAAAAGAAGGCGGUGAAAA